GGGUGAAGAAAAAAACAACAAUCCAAAGUCAUUCUGUAAUUGGACGAAAUCCAGUCUAAUUAUUCAACCAAUCAGCAUCCAGAUUGUCGUCACUGUCCUUGAACGACAUUGGUCAUUAUUCACACAGUAAUUCUCAUCACAAGUGCUGAUUCGGAAAAAUGACUCUCCCUUCCGAUCGAUUACAGCUGCUCUUUGAACGACAUUUGGAGUUAUUAGUCAAAUUCCGCACGCAGCUGCUAAAUCAGUCACGUUAUGAAGAUGCGACGGAAGUGGACGGAUUGAUAUCUGAGUUUCACAGUGAGCUGGAAAAUGACAGCCUCCAUGAAUCCUCGAUGAACUGUACUUCAAACGAAACAGUCGUCCAUGAUGCGCCCGGUGGUCCAGUACUUUCUAUUCCAGAAACAUGCCCGGUAAUGGAGUCAAACUCCAUCAUCCCCGAAACAGCAUGUACAGACAGUAGCAUAUCCAGCUCACGAAAAGAUCCUCUUGUUUUGCCAGAGAAUGUGUCACAUGCAUCAAACAAUGGUCAGAAAUCUAAUACAAUUUUGAUAGAUGCUGUUUAUUUUGGUAACGUAUUAUCCACUAAUGGAAUUUCGAAGAGAUCUGAUGGGAAUGUUUCACAAGAAUCAAACUCUUAUGACCUCAUAUCUACUGUCGCUGAUCCUCAGCAUCUAGUCAGCUCUAGUGGACUCUCUACUCAAUGCGGGAAAUAUGCUUUAAAUAGAGUCACACUAACUGUUACUUGGGUAUACGAGGACCCAACAUUAUUCCGCGGGGGAGGAUAGACGCGAAGAAAUCCAAAAUCCGGAUCUCCAAAAAAGGGGAGGUGUUGGGAUAUUCAGGAAAAUAUCCCAGAAGUUAUCCUAUUUAGCCUAAUGUUAUUCUUGGACUUGGACAUGGUAUUAUUUUCUUAUUGGUCAGUACUCAUUUCACGUGUCAUUUUCCUACUGGCCAAUAUUGUACAAUGUUAUUUCUGUUUUAUGGUAUGAUGUGGUUUGUUUGACUGGUAUAUAAACAAAGUAUGUUUGAAAUAUAAUGAUUCAUAUAUCCGAGGCUGUGACUUGCGUUCUGGACUCAACUGCUGGGCUAGAUAGGGAAGCGGGGCCAAUCAGAACCCUAGGUCGUUCUACGUGUCUGUGCGUCUUUGGUCC